UACUGUGACUUUUAGUUCAUUUUAAGCAUUGCUUUCACCACGUACAAUACCUUUCUUCACUAGAGAAUCUUACAACUAACUCCACUGCCUUGAUACCCUUAACCAAUCCCUAUUCCUCUUCACACCUCAUUUGAAUUGGGACUCACAAGCCCUUAAUCUCACUAAUCCAAGCCAUGACAACCCUCAACACAAUAAUCCAACACCAACCAUAUUCAAAUCUUCACCUCAAACAUCUCACAAACAACAUCUCAUCUCCCAAAUCCAUUACUCUUCUUCAUCCACUGAAGGGGACCAACAUCUCUAAAUCUUUUGUGCCUCAUUGUACUCCUAAAAAUUCAGAGCCCAACAAUGGACUUUACAAAGCAUCCAAAUGGCUCUACACUUCAAUGAAAAAUCAAAAUGUCCAAGAAUUCAUUGAAGUUAUAGGGGAUGACCGUAGAGGCUUUCGUUAUGAUCCUUUUACUCUCUUUAUCAUCAAAUCUUUACUGAAGCAGCAAUGCUCGAUAGUGUUAUCAUCGCUUAUGGUAUUUAUCGCGAACCAUUUGGAGGUUGUGGUGAAACCGAUAACAACAGGAGGGGUACCUGACAUUGGCCUAAAAUGGAACUUUGAAUGGAGUAACAACUAUAUACCUCUGGGACCGGCUUGCAGUCUCUACACCACUCAUAUGUAUACUGGAAAAAUACUUCUAAGGAAUGGUAAGGCGUUGAUUGCGCCACUGCUUCCCUUGGAACUCCUCAAGAAGAAAAUGAAAGAAGUUGUGAUACCUAUCUUUGGCAAAAUUUCAACAGCAACCGUCUUCAAAGGCAAGAGGAAGUCUGCUCUGCUGACUUGCUUGCUGGCUAUACUCUUUAUGGUCAUAUCUGUAAUUUUAUGGAAGAACACAUUAUAAUGCAAUGAAA